AUGAUGAGGAUGUUCAAGCUGGAGCUGGAGGACGUCAGGUUUGGCCUGCUUCAAGCCCUAAGGCUGGACUUCGAAACGGGCAUCAUAAACGAUACCCAGCGGGCAAAUNAGUCACCCACUUGUUUCCCAAGUCACGGCAUCGACCUCGUACUAACCAACUGUAAAUCUCACGAACGCUUUCAUAUUUGCCAUUUUCAGCCUUCCCAUUCCAUUUCGCUAAGCUUCAGCUUUUUUUUCGUUUCAACAGCAUGCCACCUUUCUAGAGCUUUUGCAGCUGCUUUAAUUCCAGUCCGAUAG